UAGAUCCACAUAAAAGCCCCAGCCGACAGGAACAUCUGUUUUCAUCUGGCUGUGAGAGGAGUCAGUGAUCUAUAGUUUCACUUUAAACGCAUUUACCAAAACAAUGGCGCGAGUGGAAGUUAGCAGUGUUACUGUUUCUCAGGGUGUUCGUAUGAUGUUCAAUCUAAUCACACCUAAUGAAUCAUCAUUCGCGACUCCAGAAGAGGUUCCGAAAUAUGUAAAUCAGGCCACACCAUACUUCAUUGGUUUGAUGUUGUUGGAGAUUGGUUUGGGAUGGUUAAAAGCAGACCACCCUCACAUCAAGAUCAACGACUUCAUAACGUCUGUUUCAGCAGGGAUGAUGUCACGUCUCCCUCAGCUCAUAAUUAGAAGUAUGGAGCUGUCAGCUUAUAUCUACGUCUGGAACAACUUCUGUGUAUAUGAGCUUCCCUGGGAUUCUGCUUGGACGUGGUGGCUUGCGUUUCUUGGUGUGGACAUGGGAUACUACUGGUUUCAUCGAUGUGCCCAUGAGUUAAACAUUCUGUGGGCAGCUCAUCAGGUUCAUCACAGCUCUGAACACUACAAUUUGUCAACAGCACUACGCCAGUCUACCACCCAGCAGUUUUCCUCAUGGGUGUUUUACCUUCCAUUGGCGCUGGUGGUUCCUCCGUCAGUGUUUGCAGUGCACAUACAGUUUAACCUGCUCUAUCAGUUCUGGAUUCAUACUGAGCUGGUGAAAGAUCUUGGACCACUGGAGUGGAUUCUGAAUACUCCCAGCCACCAUAGAGUUCACCAUGGCCGAAACCCAUAUUGCAUUGAUAAGAAUUAUGCCGGUAUCUUGAUCAUUUGGGACAGGAUGUUUGGUACGUUCGCUUGGGAAAGUGAUAAAGUUAUCUAUGGGCUCACACAUCCAAUCAACACAUUUGAAAACUGGACUAUCCAGUUCCUUAAUUACCCCUACCUGUGGCAGAGGUUCUGGGAAUCUGAAGGAAUUUCAAAUAAGCUGUCCGUCAUUUUUAAAGGGCCAGGCUGGACUCCAGGAAAACCAAGACUGGGGGACAUUGCUGAUAUUCCUGAGAUUACUGGAGAGGAAAAGCCACAUGAUCCAGCAUGGUCCCCAGCUCUGCAAGCCUACGUGUUUAUACAGUUCAUACUUCUGCUGGAUGUGUACAACAACUUGUUAAUGGAUCAAAUGAUACUUUCUGAGAUGACUGUACUUCUCAUGACGGCCUAUGUGUUAUUGUCUCUUACCUGCUUGGGCUUCAUUAUAGAUCAGAGGGCUAAUGCAGCAGAAUGGGAGAUGAUAAGAUGCCUUGUGAUAAUGGCUCUUCUUCGUUUUGGUUACAUUACACCUCCAGUGCCUCUGUUGGCUUUUCCCACUGAGGCAUUUGUUUUCAUCUCUGCAGUCUACUGGAUUCUGCAAUGUGUGAACCAGCUGACUAACAAGAUGAAGAAACAAAACUAAAACAUCGGCUGGUGUCUCAUAAACAACAAACAACCUCACAUUACAGGGAAUUUUGUCCCCCUCAUAUUACUAGAGAAAUCUCAUAAACUAUUUUUCUUAAAGAUUCUGACAAACUGAAACAAAUGUAAUUUGAUAAAACAUUUUGGGAAAACAUUUUUGUUUUAGUCUAACAAUCAAAAGGCACUAAAAUGGUAAGAAUGAAUGUUAAGACACUAACGACAUAAAAAGAUAUGUCUCCUGGUGUUCAGAAUGGUACUACCAGCUGAAAGCUCAAGUUUUCAGCCGUACAGUAAGCACUUGUAAUGCAUGAUGUAGAUUAAAAACUGAAGGCAAUUGUAAUAAUUAAUUACAAUUCUAUGAAUUUUAUUAUAUUGCAUUUAUUUCUGUUUUAUUAUAUUUAAUUUCAUUCUAUGCAAUUCUAUUUGAUUACGUGUUUAAUUAUAUCUAAUUCUAUCUAGCUCUGUUCAGUUCUAUUACAUUCAUUGUGACUACUCUAUGUAGUUCUAUUUGAUUUCAGUAAAUCUAUUUCUAUUUGAACUUUUCUGUUAAUUAUAUUAAAUUAUAUUCUAUAAAUUUAGAUUCUCUAUUCUUUAAUUCUAUUUUUAAGAAAGCUGUCAUUAAAGAUUAGUUCAGAGUGUAUUAAAAAUAAAAACAACAGUACUGAAUAAGAAAGCUUAAUGGCGUAUUAAGGAGAGGAGUUGGAAGAAUAUAAAAUUGCUAAAUGCUAUUUUAACCCACAGAUGUGUUCAUACUGUAUGUGUAUAAUUGAGUAUCAUAAAAUGAUAUACUGUUUAAUGUCUUACAAUGUAAUAUUAGCAAGACAAAUAAUGCAAACAAGCUCUCAUGAGAGGAUAGAAGUAUUCAUGCUACAAUAAUUAAAAAAUUCUAAGCAUUUUCAUAAUCAAACAAUCAGCUUGUCUUUCAGCAGCUGUAUAACAUGGUCUUGUUUGUAAUUUUUUCAUAAUUUCAUAAAACACUGAUUUCACUGUUUCAUAACAGCUGCUUUCCCACCUGGGAUUAAAUGAGGUGGUGUGCUUAAGUGGUGUUAAUAAUUAUUGUCAAAUUUGUUGGCUGUCUCACUAAAAGAUCCCUGGCGGUGUGCAGAACGUACUAUGUUACAUUACUAAAUGUUACUGCUCAUUAAAGACACAGCAGCAGAAUU